GUUGUGACACAAGGUUAUUGCGGAGUGCGAACAGAAGUAUGGGGCCCUCUGCUAAAGCAAUGGCUGCCCAUAUAUUGGUAGAUGGCUGUGCUUCAUUGAUUUGCCUGAAUUCUCAGUAAGCCAGUCAGGUGCCCAGCUUGAUUGCUAUCAUUAGGAGAAUGUCAUAUUGAUUGAAAUGGGGUGUCAAUUAUACCAGACUUCAUGGAAACUCGUUGGAUUUAACAUCUUAUUGACAGCUAGUAUUUAAUGAUGACAAGACCUUGUUUGUGAUAAAGAUACGGCACUUUCUAAUGGAGAUUUUUCAAAACUUUCUUUGAUUGAUUCUCAGUACACGUGCAGAUACAAAUCUUAUGUAAACGAGUUAAACUAUGGAAUAAAAUAUUAUGUAAACAUAUAGAUCUUCAAAUGCUCCUGAUAAUAAUUGGAUGAAAGUGAGCGUUUGUAUGAACAUAUACUGAAAUGCUCACAAGUUACCAUAGCCUAUGAGAAAAUAGGUCGGAUUCUAUCUUAAACUUUCAUUUCUGAGAUAAUCAAGCACAAGGUUUCCAGUACAAUUAAACCAGGAAGACAGAUUUCGAUCGUUUCUCGACGCGGGUUCUAAGAUAACGGGAAGUCAUGUGUGGAUGCUGUGGGGACAAAAGCGAGGAGAAGGCAGAUCUGACCCAUCCCGUGAAGAGCCGAGGAUGUACGGACAUACUGGUGCUGCUCGUCUUCAUACUCUUCUGGGUCGGAAUGAUCGUGAUUGCGGCCUUUGGUAUCGUCAACGGUGAUGCAUUCCGCCUGGUGUUUGGUUACGACAGCUUCGGUAACACGUGUGAUAGUGACAAUUCAGACAAGAAGAUUGAGAACAUCAGUCUGUCAGGAUACAAUACAAAGGGCAGAAAGUAUGUAUUCUUCAUGGAUGUGACAGAUCCGUUCAGAUCGAGGUCCAUAUGCGUGAACAGGUGUCCCGAUCGCGAUCUUCUAAACAUGGCGGAUGUCCAACUGUACUCCACACAGACUGGUUCAAACUUGUGUGAAUACAACAUACCAGUCGAGGAGUAUAACAAAUACACUGGCUCUGUAAAAGGACCCUGCCCUGUUACACCCGUGAAUGCGAGUCAACCCCUCUUGAAUCGCUGCAUUCCCUUCAAUCUACUGUCAAAGGCCACGGCCGUCUCAGAAAAAAUCAUACGAUUUUUAAACUCGAAUGACAUGUUCCAGAAGGUUCUAAGUGACUUGUACGCUUGCUGGAAGGAGAUGCUAGUCCUAUGUUUUAUAGCCAUAGCCUUCAGUGGGUUGAUGGUGCUGCUCAUCCGUUUCCUGGCUGCAGUGAUUGUCUGGAUCAUACUGGCUGUGGCUAUAUUGGGAUCUAUAGCCGGAACAGCGUUUCUGUGGUGGACGUAUGUAGAUGUGAGGAACAAGGUACAGAAGGACGAGGCUAUCAAUAUGCCGCUUCUUGAUGUUGAACUGAACAGUGAACGAGCCUUCCUGGUGUACUCCAUUGUAGCCACUGUGCUCACAGUGAUUCUGCUGCUGAUCAUCCUGGUGAUGAGGAAGCGUAUAGGCCUGGUGGUGGCGCUGUUUAAGGAGGCAGGCAAGUGUAUCGCAUCCAUGCCGUGUCUACUGGUCCAGCCCAUCUGGACGUUCAUCAUGUUGCUUGGCUUCUUCAUGUACUGGGUCAUCGUCUUGGCAUUCCUCUCCACUUCUGAGAAGAGGACGGUGAAUGCGGAUGGUUAUGUUGAAUACGUUGAGCAUGAAACGGUCUCGUACAUGUGGUGGUACCACCUGGUGGGGCUGAUAUGGACCAGUGAGUUCAUCAUCGCCUGUCAACAGCUGGUAGUGUGUGGGUCAGUGGCCACGUGGUACUUCACCAGAGACCGGAGCCAGCUGGGAUGCCCGAUAGUAGAUGCCAUCAAGCUGCUGAUCUGUCACCACCUAGGCUCUGUGGCAUUCGGUGCUUUCAUCAUCACGCUGGUCAAGCUGCCAAGGAUGAUCCUCAUGUGGCUGGAGCGGAAGUUGAAGGAUUCUGAGAACCAGUGUGCGAAGUACUGCAUGAAAUGCUGUAUCUGUUGCCUGUGGUGCCUUGAAAAGUGCUUGAAAUAUCUCAACCAAAAUGCCUAUACUAUUAUAGCUAUCGAAGGAACCAGUUUCUGCAAAUCUGCAGCAAAAUCAUUCACCACUCUGGUGAGCAACGCCCUACGUGUGGCAGCCAUUAACAGCGUCGGGGACUUUGUGCUCUUCCUUGGCAAGAUAGGUGUCAUGGCUGCCACAGCUGCUGUCGGCCUGCUGUGGUUCAAGAGCCGCAGUGACCUGCACUACUACGCCAUCCCUGUGCUACUAGUGUGCGUGUUCUCAUAUCUCAUAGCGUCUUCCUGUCUCUCAACAUAUGAGAUGGUGAUUGACGCCAUGCUGCUGUGCUUCUGCCAUGACUGUGACAUCAACGACGGCACGCCAGAGCGACCAUACUUCGCUGGGGAAUCACUCCAGGAUUUUGUUGAUGGAGCUACUAAAGAGCUCAACACCAUGCGACUGUCAAAUGUUGCUGGGGAGGAGGCAGAACCUGCUGAAGUUUGAAAGUAGCCAAUCAGAUAGCAUCUAACAAAUUCACCUUUGAGAUUAACCAAUCAUUUAAAUUUUAACACAAAUUAUUUAUAAGAUAAAUCAAUCUUGUACCAGAUAUCAUCUGUUGUUGUAGAGAUAAGUAGAUUAGUCAAUGAGCAGAAGUUGUAUGUGAAAUACUUUUGUCUGUUAUGUAAAACAUAUUUCACACAAAAAUCCUCUUUAGUGGAAAAUUAUUAUUUUGAUACAAACUUUUUAUGUCAUACUUGUCACAUAAUAACACAAGAAAACACAAAGUGUAUAUUUUAAAAUAAUUGGAUAUACAUGUGUUGAUAAUGUAUUAAUGUAUCAUUUAAUGUUAAUUUCUGCAUUACAUUUUUGAUCAAAAUUAUGAUACUUGCUGUUCCUAGAUAAGAUCUAAGAUUUUGUGUUGCAAUGUGUUAGUUUGAGAUAUUGCAAAAUCUUUCAGCAAGUCAGGCAUAAUGUUUAUAACUAUCUAUGAAUUAAAAAAAGAGAGUUUUAUUUCUAUUUAGGAAGUAACAUAGUUUGUUUAUUACUACCUUUGAAAUUGGGAGUUAAGUAUAUGACUUUCUUCUGAGUGUACAAUUUAUGGACCGAUUGUAAAAUAAGUCCUGUUUUUGUCAUUUUGUUUUUUGUUUAAUACUUUCACAAGCAAGUAGCUAAUGUUCUUCUAUAAUAGUUUGUGAAAAGCAGAUUGUUUCUGUCAUAUGUCAUUCUGUGGUUGAGAAAAUGGUUGAGUUCUUGAUUUUAUCUUAAUUAUUCAAAUGCAUCUUGGACACUAUAAAAACGGCAUGUUUAAGGACUAUAUCUGGCAUGUUUAAGGACUAUAUCUGGCAUGUUUAAAGACUAUAUCUGGCAUGUUUAAGGACUAUAUCUGGCAUGUUUAAGGACUAUAUCUGGCAUGUUUAAGGACUAUAUCUGGCAUGUUUAAGGACUAUAUCUGGCAUGUUUAAAGACUAUAUCUGGCAUGUUUAAGGACUAUAUCUGGCAUGUUUAAGGACUAUAUCUGGCAUGUUUAAGGACUAUAUCUGGCAUGUUUAAGGACUAUAUCUGGCAUGUUUAAGGACUAUAUCUGGCAUGUUUAAGGACUAUAUCUGGCAUGUUUAAAGACUAUAUCUGGCAUGUUUAAGGACUAUAUCUGGCAUGUUUAAGGACUAUAUCUGGCAUGUUUAAGGACUAUAUCUGGCAUGUUUAAGGACUAUAUCUGGCAUGUUUAAGGACUAUAUCUGGCAUGUUUAAGGACUAUAUCUGGCAUGUUUAAGGACUAUAUCUGGCAUGUUUAAGGACUAUAUCUGGCAUGUUAAGGACUAUAUCUGGCAUGUUUAAGGACUAUAUCUGGCAUGUUUAAGGACUUUAUCUGGCAUGUUUAAGGACUAUAUCUGGCAUGUUUAAGGACUAUAUCUGGCAUGUUUAAGGACUAUAUCUGGCAUGUUUAAGGACUAUAUCUGGCAUGUUUAAGGACUAUAUCUGGCAUGUUUAAGGACUAUAUCUGGCAUGUUUAAGGACUAUAUCUGGCAUGUUUAAGGACUAUAUCUGGCAUGUUUAAGGACUAUAUCUGGCUUUAAAAAAGUAGUUAUUAUUGUGUUCCACUAUUUAACAGUUCUACUGUAAAACUAUUAGUUGCUGUGGUGUAGUGGAUAUGGUGUCCGUCUAGCAAACAGGAUGUCAAGGGUUGGAUCCCCACUGUGGGAGCGUUCUUUAGAUCUCCCCAUAGACUUCAAGUACUGGUUCUAGUCCCAGGAAACUGACUCGAGAGCAUUUAAAAAAGCCUUAUGCUUUCCAUGCAAUCGAGCUAAAAUAAAUAGGUUUAAAUUAAUUUAAACUAUAAGUCGAAAAGUUGAAGAGUCAAAUUGGUCAUUUAAUGGGUCAUAAAUGAUAAUAAUGAUAGGAACAGGAUAUUUUGAAUUAUAAACAUAAUUUUUCAAUUUUGAACAGUUUUUAAUGAAGUGAGUCAUUUAUUAUUUCUGUGGAGUUCUUUAAUAUAGUUAUUUACUUCUGUAAUACAUGUUAUAAUCCUUGACAUGACUUUCCCUCUGUUCAAUUUCCAUAUAUAUGCAUACCUGCAUCAUUCUCGUAUGCCAUGACAUUUGAACGUAAUAUAAUACAAUAUGGCUAUAAUUUUGAUUUGCCCCUGGCAUUGGAUAAAAUAUUAGUAGCUUGGGUUUUCUGAAAGUUCUAUUCAGUCGUGUUAUCAGUAAGCACUUGUUAAAAUGUAUAAAACUAAUCAAUGUUGAUGAACAUUUGCUUUUCAUAUAUUAUUUGUAUGAUCAAUUUGUUUGUUAUGUAUUGCCCCCUAGAAGAGUAAUGUCCCUACAUUACUGUACUUUGGGAUGCAAUAAUUUCUAUACCUUUCAACUGCAAAUGGUAUUUGUCUGAUAUGUUCAUAUUCCACAUUGUGUAGUAUGAUCAAACAGGACAGUGAAAUGAUUGUCUUUAUAGUAUUAAAAAAAGAAACUGUUGAACAUAAAACGAUUGUAUAUGAACAUUUUACAAUGUUAUUUUUCAUUGACAUAUGACUAUAUAUUCAUAUUAUGAAGAAAUCAUAUUAUUGUAAAUGAAUAUGAAUUAUUGUCCCUGUAAUCUUUAUUGUAACUGUAAAAUAUCUGGGCUGUACAUGUAUAAAACUACACUGUAUUGCUCACAUAAUUAUCAACGUGUUUAAAUGACUUUUUCAUUUAAUGCUGCUUUGGCUUAAAGCAUGUCCAUAGUUUUGAUUGAUAAAUGAUUACUGGUUAAUAAACCAUGAAUUGGAGUUCAUUUUAGAAGGAUAAGACAAGCACCAUGCUAGCUCAAGUUGUUUAAUGACUGCCUAUUGAACUGACAAGAUGUGUUAAUUCUCCAAGAAACAAAUGAUUUAAAAGGAGUUCAAAGCUUUACCAGAUUUGACCAUAUCCACAUUUAAAUUUAUCUUUGCAUCACCUUUCAUUGGAACACACAUCACUUCUGUUCCAUGAUGUUGUAAAUUGGGUUCACUUCCACUGUUAAAAAUAGAUACUGCCAGAGUCAUAUAUAUUAAUUGCUUAUAUUUUUUGGUAUUUGGUAAACUGAAUUUUUUUGGUCUGAAGAAAAUCUGCAAGUGUUUUGCUAUAUUCUAGUAUUGUUGUCAGCUAUUAAUUUGCAAAGCAUUUUUCAAAACAAACCAGAAUUUAAGAGUUUAUUAUUUUAAAGCACUUUGUGGUGUCGUGGCAUUUUUAACCAGGUUUUCCGAAGGAAAAAACUGGUUAUUAGAUUGGCGAAUGCGGGCGGGCUGGCGGGCGGAACAAGCUUGUCCGGGCCAUACCUAUGUCGUUCAUUGUCAGAUUUUAAAAUCAUUUGGCACAUUUGUUCACCAUCAUUGGACUGUGUGUCGCGCGAAAUAAUUACGUCGAUAUCUCCAAGGUCAAGGUCACACUUUGAGUUCAAAGGUCAAAAAUGCCCAUAAAUGAGCUUGUCCUGGCCAUAACUAUGUCAUUCAUUGUGAGAUUUUAAAAUCAUUUGGCACAUUUGUUCACCAUCAUGGGACGGUGUGUGGCACGAAAGAAUCACGUCAAUAUCUCCAAUGUCAAGGUCGCCACGACUAAAAAUAGAUUUUUUUAAAAAGCAAACUUACAAAGGGGGUUAAUUUUGUUUGUUCAUUUCAAAAGUUCAGUUUGAGUUUUCUCCCUUUAUCAGAUUUUUUUUCACAAUGAAAACCUGGUUUUGUGACAAUUUUGUCCCUUGUUUUUUAAUGGCCUCCCAAGCGUUAAUUGUGAAUCGGGAAAUGUAUGGUCACAAACUAAGUGUUCUGAGUUACUGUUUUACCUUAAGUUUUAUCGUUGCCUCAAUGCAAACACAGAUGGGUAAGUUUUGCAGCAUUGGAAUCCCAUUUAGUCUGUGUAGACAAUAAUUUUGAAGGUUUUCCAAAAUCAUAAACAACAAUAGGGAAGUUCAUAAGUCAUAAUGAAAGGAAGUUUAGGUCUGCCUUUUUACUGACUAAUCUGGACAACACUUUCCCCCUAAUCUGGACAACACUUUCCCCCUAAUCUGGACAACACUUUCCCCCUAAUCUGGACAACACUUUCCCCCUAAUCUGGACAACACUUUCCCCCUAAUCUGGACAACACUUUCCCCCUAAUCUGGACAACACUUUCCCCCUAAUCUGGACAACACUUUCCCCCUAAUCUGGACAACACUUUCCCCCUAAUCUGGACAACACUCCUUUGACUGAAUUUUUUGUUUAGAAGAGACUUCCUUUUUCCCAAAAAUCAUUUAAGAUCAAAGUGUCAGUCAGAUUGCAGACUGCAUCAGCAAAUAUGAGCUUGGGGCUGAUACUAUACAUACAUUAAGCUUGGGGCUGAAACUAUACAUACAUUAAGCCUGGCUGAUACGAUACAUACAUUAAGCCUGGCUGAUACUAUACAUACAUUAAGCCUGGCUGAUACUAUACAUACAUUAAGCCUUGUUUUCCAUGAGCAGGGCUCAUAUAAAAAUGGCUCAUAUUUAUGCGCCCGAAGGGUGGCAUAUAGUUUUUUAACUGUCCGUCAGUCCGUCCGCCUGUCUGUCUGUCUGUCUGUCAGUCAGUCAGUCUGUCCUUCUGAAAACUUUAACAUUGCCAAUAAAUUUUGCAAUGUUAAAGAUAGCAUUUUGAUACUUAUCAUGCAUGUGUAUCUCACGGAGCUGCACAUUUUGAGUGGUGAAAGGUCUAGUUCAUCCUUCAAGGUCAAAGGUUAAAUAUAUGGCUUCAAAGCGGCACAGUAGGGGGCAUUGUGUUUCUGACAAACACAUCUCUUGUUUUAAUAUUAAGUUUGAUGAGAAGUCUUUCUUAGCCUUUGAAAGACGUGUCAACAUAUUAGUGAUCUGUUAAAACAAAUGUAGAGAUAUGUUAUAUGUUAUUUGUAUACAUUUAGUUCAUUUGGGUGAGGAUAGUUAAAAUGUAUAUUAAGUAUAUAUGUUUGAUAUAUUUGUUAUUAAGAAAAGUUAAAUGUAUGAACCCAUAUUUUUUAAAAGAUUGAUUGCACAUGACUUUAAUUAUUUCUUUAUCUUUUCUAUGGUUGUUACCGGUAAACUGAUUGUGUAUCAAGUUUACGCAGAAAAAGAGGUCAUCUCAAUUUAAUACAUGAAUAUAUUUUGGUCAUUGAUUUUGGAUGAUACUUUACUGUUGUUAAUUUUUUACAUUUGCCACAAAUGUGGUUGUAAAAUAUUACUGUAAGCAUAUUAAAUUGAUGUUCUUAUUUUUUUUGUAUACUGUUAGUGGAGAUUUUUGUUGUAUUAUGCGUUUACUCUUAUAUUUUUUUAUAUUUCUUUUGCUUUUUUUGCUGGUAUAUUUAAGGCUGUGUACUGGGUACUGUAGCAUAUACAAAUAUAUGACAUCUCAAUAUGUAAUUUGUUAAUAAAACAUAAUUUAUGCA